UCAGCGAUUCAUGUUGCAACUCGAGACGACUGAAUCAUUGAAUCUCGGCGGAUAUACCACCUUUCACGCCAUUUAUUUCAUCUUUUUCGAUACGUAAAUGGGCAAUGGCCUUGUGACGCAUGUUGUGUAAGUUCAUCCGGUACUGUGAACCUUUUCUUUUUUUUCUUUUUUUUUUCGUAACGAAUUCAUCGUCUCAUGUUCCACUCUGCGGGGUCGGGUCAGCACACACGCCCACACGGGAGCGUCUUAACACGUGCGUCCACAUAGUGACUGACGUCUGAUGCUCCUCCGGCGAAUUACGACAGCGAGUUCCUCGACAAAUUCAUUUCUGGUGCGAGCGUGCAGUGUGUGAUUUGGGGUGAGGACAAAUUGUGCAUUUGUGACGUCAUUAAGAAAGGCUAUUAACUGAUUUUGGGGGAUUGAUGAAUACGUUUGAACUCGCCCCCGCGUGAAUGUGUGGAGUGUGGUGAACGACGCGUCCAGUCGACAAACGUAGAAAAUCGGCUGUGAAGACGCCUCCUGAUCAUCAUCAUGUUGUCCGAACCCAAGCCCUUGCGGCAGGCUUCGAGGUCUUUGAACCAACUUGAUACGGAGAGUGCGCCGGUGUGCUUCGCGGCCGACACGGCGCAAGAGCAGCAGUCGUGGGGCGAAGAGCUCCGCAAGAGGACGCAAGCGUGCUCGCUCAGCAUCCAGGGCCUGAACCUCGAGGGAUGCUCCAGCUACCCAUCCGCGCCGGGAGUUCAAAGCAAGGUUCAACCGGACGAAAAUGUGCUCGCGCAAACACUGGAACUUCUCGACGAACUACUCAAGAAAAAGUCUGACGGCAAGAAGCUCAAAAAGGGAGAUGAGUCUAUGGGCAUGUCCCAGGACGUCGAGGAAGUCGAACAAGCCUCCAUCAUGGCCCAUCAGGAGGCACUCCGCAAGGCCACCCACCUGAGGCAACGAAAGAUAUCUACUGAGCUCAAGGUGGAGACCCUGCAGAGGCAGCUGCGCAAACCGAGCAAGAAGUCACAACCGCGGGCCAUACCCGAGUUGCCCGAAGGUCGAGAACUCGUCGAAGAACAACUCCAGGAGCUGACGCAGAAGCUGCGCCUGCUCGAAGGCAACCUGGGGCAGACCGAGCGUCAGGCGCAGAAAGUGCGUCGCGAGUGGGACAAAAAGAUGGAAGAGGUGUACCAGCACCUGUUCGAGAACAGGCACCUGUCUCCGGAGGACGCCCUGCGCGAAAACUGGGCUGACUCAUCAUCGGCGCCCCGCAUCCUGGUGUCGCGGACACAGGACGAGGGGCGCUCUGGCGGGUCGCUCAGGGUGCGCGCUGCCAAGUUCAUGCCCCGCUCCAAAAAGCAGAAAGAAGAGGCAGGAUGCAGCAGCAACAACGGCUCCAUCAUCAGGAAGUCCGCCUCGAACACAUCUCUCAACAACGGCGCGGGCAAGGCCGGCGACGAGUCCGACGACACGACCAAGAGUUCUGACUCCAAGGAAAUGGAGGACACUCGCACUGCGUCCAAGAGCCGCCGGAGCCCGCUGCGCAUCAUCGGAGACUUUCUCGAGUCUCGCAAGGGCCGCUUCGGAAGCACGCACAAGAAGUCAUUCCGAGGUCGCACCGAGUCCCAGAACAAGCGGCUCAAGGCUCACCACGGCGGAGGCGGCGGUGGCACCGGCGCUGCCUUAGCGACUGUCGGCGCUACUGCAACGGCGGCCUCGUCAGCCGACGCCGCCUCACUGCUGUCGGCCGAGGAACAGCACAUGGAGCUGCCGUACCUGCAGCUCCAGGAACAGGAGUCGCGUCUCCCGUCACCAACCGUCGAGCACCCGCCACCGUCUCACGGGCCGACGGCGGCGACGGAAGACAAUGGUCACCCGGCUUGGAGGACGGGGUCCUCCCCGCCUCCAGGGGAGCUGGCGUCGCCCGGCGGCUCCGACUCGAGGAUCGGAGGCACCGGCCAAGCCAAGGAAGGCGACCACGCCACCUUGCUGGCCGCCGUUGUCGCCAGGAACGAAGAGCUUCCUCUGCUGCAUACGGAUAGUGGCAGCUGCUGUUCCGAGGACGACGCGCACAGUCUGGACAGCGGCUCGAGACUGCUCUCUGAGGAUCCCGAUGGGAACGUGCGAUGCCACAUCGACCCGGAGAUAAUGGCCGAGAUUGAGGCCUUCGAGCUGAUGGCGCAGAGCUACCUGAAGCGUCACGGUCACGACUUCCCUUUCUGAAGAUGACUGUUACUGUUGUUUAUUUUUCUGCACCCUUCUUGUACAUAGGCACAUCUUUUCUCACCUGACAUGUCUAUUUAUCUGCCACGUCUUUGGAAUACGACAAAACCACAAAU